AUGGAGAAUCCAUCGAGCGCGACGUCGAGCCCGACAAAGGCCCUCAACCCCAUGUCACCAGACCGGAUGAAUCAGCAGAUUGGACUUGGCUCACCCUCAAUGUCAUCGGAUAUUUUCAACAUUCAGCGGAAGACUCCCCGGGGACUCACCGAUGUACAGGCCAAGGUCGCGUAUCUGAACAACCUGUCGCGAGGAAACAGCCCCGCGCAAGCUUCACAGCCUUCGGCAGCAUCUACGGCAGCUCUUCAGCGGGCUAUUCUUGGACGCGAGGAGGCCGAGUCUGCAUUGGCGAAUGUCUCUGCUCAGCUUUCUGAAGCCCAAUUGCGGGAGCGUCGGAUAAGUGAAAGACUGGAGUCCCUGCUGGAAGAACUGCAAACAACAAAAGAGCGCCAGGCACACGAGCGAUCAAUCUUCGAAAAAGAAAUUAGGAAAGCGAGGAAAGAAGCUUUCCGAGCUGGCUCCGUUUUGGUGAAAACACAGGAGGAGCUGAAACACGCAAGAAACGAAGCCAAAGGACACAAAGACGAGGCCCAGGCAGAGCGAGCAGCAAAAGAACAAGCGAAACAGGAAGCAUUCGAACGCGCUUAUGCCAUUGCUGGUCUUACAGAGGAGAUGGAGGUCCUUAAAGAACAGCUACGGGCCGCCGAGGCCAACAACCACUCGCAGAAGCUCGAAGCGCAAGCGCAGCAGAAGAAGAACGAUAUUAAACGAAUGUCGCUGACCGAAGGCGAUCUCAAUCUCCUCUUGACACCUACCCCUCGGAGACCCAAACGUUCUGCCGAGGAUGUAGCCAACCCGACUCAAGCCAAUGUCGCGGAAUCUUCACCCGUCAAGGAUACCCCUCCUAAGAGGCAAAGGAUGUCUGAUGUAACUCCUCGAAAGGAGGCCCCGGAGAUCACAACAUUCGAUGUACACGAGGAACAAAUUGCUGAGCUGGAGGAGACACUCAGGCGCGAGCGUCAACUCAGAGCCGACGCUGAGGGAAUGCUCGAAUUCUUGCGACUGGAGUGUCAUUUCAAACGUUGCACUUGCCGCCUGGCAGAGCAAAAAAGCAUACCUCACACCCAUGAGCUGCAAAGCGUGGAUACGACAAAGAAGGAUAAGAUGGAACUCCCAGAAUAUCGCGACAAUGAUCAAAACGCCCUUGCUGCACCAGAGGAGCCAAGCCCUUCUCAUACUCCUAAAGGCGAGCCCGUUAGGUAUCCGACAAGUGUCAAGGAACAAGUUCUGACGGAGGAUCCUGCCGGAGAAGAAGAAGCCGAGCGUGAGGCGGCCGCAGAUGAUGUUGAUGAAGAUGUCGAUGAAAUCGUUGAAGAAAUUGAGGAGCUCCAGGAAGUUGAUGACGACGACGAUGAGCCUCCGGAGGAACCUUUGAUAACAUUCUCACCUGCCACUGGGACCUUUCACACCUUCCCUUCUCCUGUGCGAGGAUCUCCCCGAAAGCCCAACGAGGCUAGUGCGAAUGAUCAUCAGUCACCAGCGUCCUAUGUUGGACAUGGAAUAGAUGCCCGUGUGAUGUCUGGUAGCCCUGCCCCAAAGUAUGGGUCUCUUCAGCAUCAGGCUCCGUUUGACUCAAUAACGGAGAAUGAAGCUACUCCAAAAAGCCACCCCUUGCCAGCGGUUGUUGAUGUGCCAUGGGAUCCCGUGAUGCCCAUUGGACAUGAAGCCGGCACCCCUGAGAGGCACAAUGACCCAACGAAAGUCCCUUUGCGCGAUGAUGGGGGAUCAAAUCGCUUUUCCGACGUUCCUGGUACCCCCAUCAGCCGGGAAGAAGCACUGGCUCAAAUUAGAGCGCGGAGAGAGAGAGCAAACACCAUGAAGAGGUCUGUCAGUGCCAGUGAAAGUGGACUUCGCUCGGGAGGCAUGGGAGUCACUCCUGUCCGGAGCGCCCGACGAUACCCUGGGGUCCAGAAUCCAGAUGCAAGCGACGGUUCCAUCAGAAGUCGGAGGGAUAUGAGCGCUCCUAUCCAAAUGUCCCACUACUGA